AUGGUGCUCGACAACAUACUGCAUUCUAGUACUAAUAUAGCUGUUGCUGCUUAUUUUGUCUUAUUAAUACUUUUGUUCUAUAGCCCAACUGUUAAGGGCAUUUCUGGUUUUUACUAUGUAAUUGAGGCUAGACAAUAUUCUCUUGGGAUCACCAUAAAGCUGAAUGAAGAGAGAAGCAUAGGAAAGAAGCAACAAGAAAAUUGUGAGUUGAAUAUGAUCGAAAGGUUGAUUUUGAAGAUUAUACCAGAAGAAAGGAAGACAGGAUGUUCGUUUUUCGACCCUAUGUUCUUCAUAUCAUAUAUGGAUGCAGUUAAAAAGGCAAAGAAAAAAGAUUGUACUGCAAUUGAGAAAAGCAAUGUGUGGAAGUGGAUAAAGAAGCAAAAGAUAUUUGCUUGCAGAUAUGUUUUUGUUCCCAUCUGCCAAAGAUUUGUGUACCAAAUGUAUAAGAAUGAGUCAGUACAAGGAACUGAUGAUGUUUUCCAGUUCGAUUUGAGUAUUCCAAUGGUUCCUCAACAGGAUGACGGUGAAAAAUGUGGAUACUAUGUUCUUUACUAUAUGUUCAAGUUUUUGAUGUCUUGUCCAGAAAACUUCAACAUUAAUGAACAUGGUGGCUUUAUGAAUAGCAGUUGGUUCACAGAGGAAGAGAUGAACAACUUUUUCAACAAUCUAUCAUCAGAGAAAUUGCAUACUGACCAAAUGCAAGCUUCAGAAGACAUAAUUGUGGUCAAGGAAAAGAGUAUGCAAAAUUCAAUCUCAUUAAUUUAG